AGUCGUCAGCGGCGGACCGGCCGACCGAGAGAGGAGGGUGGUGACGCGCUAUAGGUGAACGGACAGAAGGGCGCCAGGCGACAGUGUGACUAGUGUCUCAGCGGCGCAGACGGAGUCCACAUCAACAGGAGUGAGAACUCGGGUGACAUGAGACCAGCGCAGAUCAUGAUACGACUGUUGUGUCUGACCGCGGUCGUCUGCUCCGUGGCGGCCGCUGCAGCUGUCAGAAGGCCUGCUGCUGCCGUCAGGAUGCCUGCCGCUGCCCACAGACUGCCUGCUGCUGCCGCCAGGAUGUCUGCCGCAGCUGCCAGGAUGCCUGCCGCUGCUGUCAGAAUGCCUGCCGCCGAUCAGAUGGCCGCGACCUCCACCGAGACGUCUGUAGUGUCGGCGCCAACCGAGGCCGAGGCACGCUCCAUCCGACCAGCCGGAGGUCCCCGGCACCGCGUCAAACAGUUAAAACAGAGCCACGCCAUGCGCUGGGUCGGCUUCGGUACGCCGCCUACCCUGUGGAAGGUGCCGAAGCCGCCGGUGACACCCGCCUGGCGCUUCGAGCCGAGCGUCAGCUCUGGCUCCAGUUUCUGGCCCAACAUCAUGCACGCCAUGGGAGAUCACCCGCAGAAGACGGCCAGCGACAAACCGGAGACUAAAACGGCCACCGCAGCUGCUGGUGCAGCUAAAUCGGCCUCCGCGGCAGUUACCGCCAAGUCCGCCGCUAGCGCUGAUUCAAAGGUGUCUCGUUUGAACGCACUGACAUCCAACACGUACCAGCCUGACGCCGGGACAGCAGUGGGGUCCGACUGGGUAGCGACACAGGUGGCUCGUCCAGCCGCCGCUCGGCGAGCCACCGAGACCAGCACGACUAGUGGAACCGAGAGUGCCACCCAGGGCCCGGCCGCCGUGACCAGUACGUCAGCUACAGCACGGCGCGGUCAACAGUCCGGCGGCUGGCUGCGCGUGUUCUCCGUUCAGCCUCCGACCGACGACACAGCGGCGGCAGACUCGGCCACCGACCGGCAGGAUUUGGGUGAGGACACGGAGGGGUCCCGCCGACCGCGCGGCCCCCCGACGCAGCAGUACCGCGCCGAGUAUGUGGUGGAGCCGCCGGCCGGCGGAGCGGUGAUCGACAGUCCGCAGCAGUUCCCCGUGCAGCAGGUGCCGUCCGUGCCGCAGCACCGGCCGGGCCGCCGCCAGCCGCCCCGCCGCGGGUUCAUGGACAACAUGCUAACGCGACUGUUCGGCAGCAGCAGCCCGCAGCUACAGCGGCAGCGGCCCGGAUCGCACCGCCCGAGCGCGCAUCGCCAGCGACCCGCGCCGCAGCAGCAGUUCCGGCAGCAGAGUCGCCCUGCACAGCAGCAACAGCAAAACAACCUCCCGCAGCUGGACAACUUCCAAGAUCAGGAGAAAAGCACCCAACAGCAGAACAACUCCCAGCAGCAGACCGCUCCUAAACAGCAGCAGGAGCCACAACAGCGGGAGACACAGCAGCAGGAGACUCAGCAGCAAGAGAACACCUUCCAGCAGCAGCAUCAGCUGUUCCAACAGCCUCAGCUGGAAAAUCUACAGCAGUUUACCCAGCAGCAACUCGACCAGCCGCCGUUCGGCCAGCAGCAGUUUGCCGGCGCGCCGUUCUCCGUUGCUGAUCAGUUUUCUCCCAGCGUCCCGGUCGGCGCGGACCCGACUCACUUCCGUCCCGUGCAGGUCACCAAGCAGCAGCAGCCCCUCCAGCAGCGCCCGCGUCAGCCGCAGCCUCAGCAGUACCCGGAGACGGAGAGCGGAUUCAGCGUCUCCUCUCAGUUCCCUCACUACAGUCCCGCUGCCGCCGGUCCGGCGUCCGUCGACGCUGUUGAACAAUUCGAGCCGGUACGUCUGGCUCCGGUGGGCCAGUCUCUGAACGACAGUCCGGCGAGCCGGACGGCAGCGCUGACGGCUGCCUACCUGCAGAACCCACAGAGCGGCACCAGACGUGACGACGACACCACCUCUGAUGACGACGUGGUGGAGCUCGUCAUCGAGUACGAUAACGACCUGGAGGGUAUCGUCGACGAGCUACUGCGCGAGGUGCGCGGCAGGAGCGGCGGGGGCGAGCGGGCGGCGGCCGACCGGGAGCCGGAGCCGGCCGCCAGCCAGCUGCGGCGCCGCCCGUUCACUGUUCAGCAGCUGGAUCAGCGGCUUGGGCUGGCGCACCAGCCCUACUACCACAUCGCCAUGGCGCUGCACGGCCUGACGCAGGGCCAGAGCCGACGCUGAUGUCGCUCUGUCACAGACGGGGUGUUAUUAGGGGAGGUUAGCUGUAAGGCAGCAACAUUCGUAGGCGGAAG